AAAGUUGUUUGUUUGUUCAGAUACUGAACAAUGAAUACUGAUUCACUUUGAUUUCUUUGUUUAGUCGAUUAUGGCUGGCGGCACAACGCUUGUUCAAGGAUUGGAAAUUAUGACAUAGCUACCAGCAAAAGCUUUAAAUUACCUUUCCGGUUACAAGCUCAAAAUCAGCUUCAUUCCCUUUUUUUUCUCCCACAUGUGAACUCUGUCUGUUUUGUAAUUUGUAGCUCACUCAAUCAGCCAUGGAAGUAGGGAGGAGUUCAGAAGUUUUUCAUCUGCAACACAGUGAAAGGAAACUUUCGUCUGCCAGAGAAACACACUCAAGGACUUCACUGAGAACAUUGAGAUCAAUUUCAACAAGCUUUACUACUAGUUUUGAUAGGCUUACGAGUUUUGGAAACAUAAAUUUUGAUGAAGAAGUUAGGAGUAAAGGUUUGGGAUACCUUAAAAGUAUUGUUGAUAAAAACCCAGUAUUUCUUCAUUUGUGGAAUGAAAUACUUGUCAUGUUGUGUGUGAUUGCUACUUCGUUGGAUCCUUUUUUCUGUUAUAUCCUGUUGGUUGAUGAAGACAAAAGAUGUGUUGGAUUUGACAAGAAGUUGAGGACAGUAGUUGUAAUUCUUCGCUCAAUCACAGACUUCCUCUACAUAAUUCUUAUUGUCUGUCAUUUUCAUUUUGGAUAUUCCUCAUUUUAUAAUGCAAAUCCUAAUGAUCCUGAAUGUGGUGUUUGCACAAGAGCAUGGAGAUUCCUUUUUUCCUAUUUCACAGUUGACGUUCUUUCAGUUCUUCCACUCCCCCAGGUGGUAGUUUUAGUUGCCAUUCCAAGCUUCAAAAGAUAUGGAUUUAUAUAUGCGGUGAGAUCGUUGAAAUAUAUUCUCAUCGUUCAAUAUUUGCCAAGGGUCUUCCGAAUCUACUCAUUCUUAAAGAAAGUUAGAUGGACCUCUAGCAUUCUCCCAGAAACUGCCGGGGCUAAAGCUGCGUUCAAUCUCUUCCUUUAUAUGCUUGCAAGCCAUGUUAUUGGAGCGUUUUGGUACUUAUUCACUAUAGAGAGAAAAACAACUUGCUGGGAAGAAAGAUAUCCACAUUGGCCUCUAAACUGCAAAUAUGUUGUAGGCAAUUUGAGUGCCGACAAUUUUUGCUCUCCGAAAGCUGAAAAUGCGGCCAAUUCUUUUGAUUUUGGGAUAUUCAAAGAAGCUCUUCCUAUUGUGGAAUCAAAAGAUUUCAUCAAGAAAACUUCUCUCUGUUAUUGGUGGGGUCUGCAGAAAUUGAGUUCUUUGGGUCAAGACCUCAAAACUAGUUACCAUUUGUGGGAAGUCUACUUUGCAGUCACCAUUACCGUUUCUGGCUUGGUAUUAUUUGCACUUCUUGUUGGAAAUUUGCAGACAUAUCUGCAGUCAACCAUAGCAAGGUUGGAGGAAAUGAGACUGAAGGGGCAAGAUAUUGAGUUGUGGAUGGCUUACCAUUCCCUCCCGCCAAAGUUGAAGAAAAAGAUUAAAAAGUAUGAACGUUACAAGUGGCGAGAAACCAAAGGCGUCGACGUCGAGCAGCUUCUUCAUAAUCUUCCGAGAGAUCUAAGAAGGGAUACCAAACGACAUCUGUGUUUGACGCCACUCUUAAGCGUUUCGAAGUUUCAAAACAUGGACGAUAAGCUUCUGAACGCCAUAUGUGAUUACCUAAAGCCAGUGCUGUACAUUGAGCGUAACUUAAUUGUUCAAGAAGGAGAGCCACUGGAUGAAAUAGUGUUCAUAAUUCGAGGCAAAGUAAUGAUCUAUUCAAAAAGAGAUAGUGAAGGUGCAGCUGGUUCCUCAGGGUCCAAAUGGCUUACCAAAGGUGACUUCUACGGAGAGGAUCUUCUAGAUUGGGCACUGCGAAAUCCUACUUCGACAACCGUCCCCAUAUCUACCAAAACCAUGCGGGCGCACUCAAAAGUCGAAGCGUUCGUCCUCAUGGCAAAUGAUUUAAAGACUGUGGUCACAAAAUUCUGGUGGCUUUUCAGUAGAAACUCUCCAAGUUUGAAAGCUAUAUGGGCACCAUGGGCGGCUUUAGCUUUGCAGUUAGCAUGGCGCCGAUAUCAUAAAAGCAAGAUGGAGAAGGAUAAGUGUAAGUCUCCGCUAGCUAUUGAGAGAAGGAAUGCUAUUCAGAAUUCAAAUGCUCCACUUCUUAACUCUACAUACCUUGUUCGUGCUCUUCGUGCUCUUAAGCUAAAGGCCAAAAAAGCACAAGCAGAAUCCAGCAGAGUCUGAGAAAUAAUUUAUGCUUAGCAUCAACUGAAAAUACAAUAAUGCUUUCUCGCGCUCAAGUAAUUCAAUAUGCUCACGUUCACCUUGGGUACAUGACGGCUGAAGCGGGGGAGGUGCUGGCGUUGCUGGAGGGUCGGCGUUUGGCUGAGGUGCACGGGCGUGCUGAUGUGUGGGUGGAGAUGGAUGCUGAAGGGUGUCGUGAAGAAGCUUUAUUCCUUGUCUUUUGCUUCAUCUCCUUUUGUGGUCAUGUAUGUUGAUCUUAUAAUAGGGUAUGAUUUUGUUCCUCUUCUUCGUUUACUUUACUUGGUCUGUUAGUUUUCCUAGGGUGUGCACGGUUUGGUCGGUUCGAUUUCGGACCGAACCAUGAACCGAAUCAAGGUGCUCGGUUUUUGGUGAAGUAGAACCGUUGAAAAGCGAUUUUAAUCGAUUUUGAUUCUUGAAUCAAACCAACCUGAUUCGGUUCAGAUUAGUUCGGUUCGGUUCUAGCUGAUGGUUCAGUUUUUUUAAUCCUUUUCCACUGCUGCCUUUGCCCUUCCAGUUAGUUUUUCCUAUUCCUCGUUGCUAAAAUCUGUUCAUCCAAAAUCUCGGCACCGGCGUGGAAGGAUGUGAUGAAGAAAUGUGAUUUUUUCAACUUUCAAAUUUCAAAACCGAACUAAUCUGUGAUUUUUUCAAACCAAAAAAUAACUGAGAUGGAAGAAAAUGAAAAUGGGACUCGGCGCCGGCGUCGAAGGAUGUGAUGGACGGUGGAGUGGAGCCGUGGAGGUAGACGAAGAGAUGCGAUGGCAUGACGGCUGACGAUUGAUGAGCGACUGACGUGCGUGGUGUGCGACUGCGACGGCUGGUCAAGUUUUAGUUUUUGGGAGUGGCCGACGACUGACGAGGACUUGGGGUUUUUUCAUGAUGUUGAAGAAGAAAGGAGAUUGGGUCGUGGGUGGGUGCGGCUGACGAUGACCGGGGGUUUUUUCAAAAAUAAUGUUUAAAUUUUUUUUUGGGAUUUCUACAUAAAAGAUGUUUAAGAAUCGAUCUAAAACGUAUGGAUCUUUAUUAGUGGUUAUUUACAAUCUCUUCCAUGCAUACUCUCUCUUCCAAGCAUAUUAUCUCCCUUACGCAUAUGUUGUCUCUCAAUAAUAUAUUUUAUAUAUUCUCUUUCUCAUAAUUGUCAUUUUUUCCUCUUCUCUCUCUUUUCUCCUUCCCCCUCCCUUUCUUUUCUCUUUCCGGCGA